AUGGACAAAAAAAGAGCACUCCGGGAGAGGCGCUGGAUUCUCCCGGGGACCAGUGGAGCGAGCUGCCCGAGCUGUCAGCACCGAUUCUGGGCGAGUUUGGACCCUGAUUUAGCGCUCGGAGUCAUGACCGAGUUCCAGGAGAAGCUCCGGCAGCAGCACCAGGAAUCUAUGCACCAGGAGCUGCAGAAACUGGUGUCCUCUGCAGACCCCAAGGAGCAAGAGAUUUCCAGAAAAGACCUUGAUGGAUUCGAGAAGUUGUUCCACAGGUUCCUUCAGGUCAAAGGCCCCGCCAUCGACUGGGCCAAAAUCAGCGGCCCCCCGGAGGACUCGAUCCAGCCGUACGAGAGGAUCCGGUCGAAGGGGCUCCCAGGGGACAUUGCGGCGGCUCUGGACCGUCUGGUGGUGGUGAAGCUGAACGGGGGCCUGGGCACCAGUAUGGGCUGCAAGGGCCCCAAGAGUCUGAUCAGUGUGCGCAGCGAGAACACCUUCCUGGACCUCACCGUGCAGCAGAUCGAGCACCUGAAUAAGACGUACAACACAGACGUGCCGCUGGUUCUGAUGAACUCCUUCAACACCGACGAAGACACGAAGAAAAUCCUGCAGAAAUAUUCUCACCACAGAGUCAAGAUCCACACCUUCAACCAGAGCCGAUACCCGCGCAUCAACAAAGAGUCCCUCCUGCCCAUCGCUAAGACCAUGGGCCCCGGGGGAGACGGCGAGGCCUGGUACCCUCCCGGUCACGGAGACAUCUACGCCAGUUUCUCCAACUCGGGUCUUCUGGACCAGCUCCUGGACCAGGGCAAGGAGUACAUCUUUGUGUCCAACAUCGACAACCUGGGAGCCACCGUGGACCUGUUCAUCCUGCAGCACCUGAUGAGCCAGCCCCAGGACAGACGCUGCGAGUUCAUCAUGGAGGUCACCGACAAGACCCGGGCAGACGUCAAGGGUGGGACGCUGAUCGAGUACGAGGAGCGGCUGCGUCUGUUGGAGAUCGCUCAGGUCCCAAAGUCUCACGUGGACGAGUUCAAGUCCGUCUCCAAGUUUAAGAUCUUCAACACCAACAACCUGUGGAUCUCUCUCCCGGCGAUAAAGAGAGUCCAGGAGGCCAACGCCCUGGACCUGGAGAUAAUCGUCAACCCCAAGACUCUGGACGGCGGUCUGAACGUGAUCCAGCUGGAGACGGCGGUGGGCGCGGCCAUAAAGAGCUUUAAGAACGCUCUGGGUGUGAACGUGCCUCGCAGCCGCUUCCUGCCCGUGAAGACCACCUCCGACCUCCUGCUGGUCAUGUCCAACCUCUACAGCCUGGACGCAGGGUCUCUCACCAUGAGCCAGAGGAGAGAGUUCAGGACCACGCCUCACGUCAAGCUGGGCAGCUCCUUCACCAAGGUCCAAGAAUACCUGAAGAGGUUUGAGAACAUCCCUGACAUGUUGGAGCUGGAUCAUCUCACCGUGUCCGGAGACGUCACCUUCGGCAAAAACGUUUCUCUCAAGGGAACCGUCAUCAUCAUCGCCAACCACGGCGACCGCAUCGAUAUUCCGGCCGGCGCCAUGCUGGAAAACAAGAUUGUGUCUGGCAACCUCCGGAUCCUGGACCAUUGA